AUGAUUCAGAUCUUGGUUACUUUGGGAUUUGUUGCUGCUGCUGCUAAAGCUAGUUAUACUGGUAAGGGAGAUUGGGGUGCUGGUGGAUUUCUUGGUGCUGCUGCCAAAUCCGGUUAUACUGGUGGUGGAGGUGGGGGUGCUGGGGGAUUUCUUGGUGCUGGAGGAGGAGGUGUAGGAGUAAGUUAUAUCAACCUGGUUCCUGUUCAGAUUAGGGCAGCAGGAGGUUAUGAACAACAGCCAGCAUACCCUUCCAUUCCCACCCCUUACUCUUUCAACUACAUUGCUCCGGCUGAUGGAGGUUAUAGCUCCCGCCAGGAAUCAGGAGAUGGAUAUGGUCGAGUGAGUGGGUCUUACAAACUUUCUGAUGCAGAUGGUAGACAAAGGAAAGUCCAAUAUACUGCUGGUCCGGAAGGAUUCCGAGCUCAUGUUUAUACCAACGAACCUGGUACCAGAAGCGCAAAUCCUGCUGAUGUUAUCUUCCAGUCUUCUGCUCCUGUUCCACCUCCUUAUUACCCACCCAAACGAUACUCCAGUUACAGAGCCUCUGCUACUAGUGGUCAUCAAAAAUUCAUCCUUAUUCCAGCUACUGACCCUUGGCAAUAAGAUAGAUUUUCUUGUAAAUUAACCAACUCUAUGAUAUUUUAAACAGCAUAAAAAAUCUUGAUCUAACCUUUCAAUUACUUAAAAUAGAGCAAGCUUUUUAUGCCUUUAAAUCAUUUUUUGCACUACAUGUUUAAUGUGCCAAUACUCUUAAUUACUUACUUGUCUCCCUUUAAGCAUAUAGUUUUAUACAAAUCGGU